AUGGUGUCCUGCUCUGACGAUGUCCGUCACAUGACGGACGUUAGCUCGGCAAGGAUUCUUCGGGGUCGCAGGAUGGUACACCGAGGACCUAUUCGCAUAAAUCUACAACUACAGCUCCAAGGCAACCCCCCACAGCAUCCGGUUGAACUAAGUUACGAAUCCCUUAAACUCGCCUCCUUAAACGAAAUGAAGGGUACUCCAACCUGA